AAAGUACAACCGACACCCUGAUUUAGUUUAGUUGUCUUGUAGCUCUUGAGCAUCACGACCACGCUUUAUCUUACUGUUGAAAAUCAUCACAGAAGUUACUCGUUUUAUUUUUUGAAAUAAAAAAAUUAUUCCUGCCGAAAUGAAUUGCUUAAAGAACAAUGGGGAGCACGAAGAAUUGGUGAACAUUAGGAGAAAAUUUAAGAAUUGCGUGGUGGAAAGCGACGACGAUGGAACCAGUAGCAGUGAAAGUGAGGAAAGUGAGAGAGACGACGACGAUGACGAAGUCCACGGAAGCAAACGAAAAAAAAGUCAUAACGAUGACGAUGAGUUUGAUGAUCGUUUGGAGGACGACGAUUAUGACUUAAUCGAGGAAAAUUUGGGCAUAACUGUUGACCGUCGACGAUUUAAACGGUUGAAACAGAUGCCAGCCGGCGGAUCUGACGACGAAGAUGAAACCGGAAGGACUGAGAAGGAGUCCAUUGCUGAUGAAUUGUUCGAAAAUGGCAUGGAAGAUGAUACUCAAAAACCCAGUCACGAGUCAGAGCAUGAGGGCUCUUAUCUUGGCGAGGAUGAUGAAAGUGUUUCAUCCGAAGACGACUUCAUCGUCGGCGAUGAUGACAAGCCGAUAGCCAAGAAAAAAUAUAUCUCUGUAGGGGAUCCAGCUCUGGACGAGGCCAGGGAAAUAUUUGGCGUCGAGUUUAAUUACGACGAUGACAUGCAUCUGGGAGAUAAAGAUGUGGAAGCUGAAGACGACAGGGGAAUAACCAUAAAAUCUACAGGCCACAAUAUUUGCGAAAUAUACGAGCCCGUCGAUUUAAAACGCGCGUUCUUUACAAGCCGAGAUCAUGAGAUCCGUUGCGAGGACGUUCCUGAAAGAAUGCAGUUGCGCUCUACGCCGAUUACUCCUGUACCUAAAGGUUCCAGCGAGCUUGAUCAAGAGGCCGAGUGGAUUUAUAAGCGUGCAUUUACACAAAAAAACAUUUUGCGACAAGUUAGGGAUUCUUCAAACGGUAUGGCUACAUUUGGAUCUGUUAAAGGACCAAAAACGGUGGAGAAAAUAAAGAAUGCGUUGGAUUUGAUGCGUAAUCAAAAGUUUGAAGUUCCUUUUAUAGCUUUUUACCGCAAAGAACUAGUGGAACCAGAAUUAAAUGUCAAUGAUUUGUGGAAAGUCUACAAGUUUGAUGCUAAGUGGUGUGAAUUUCGUCAGAGAAAAGAAAAAUUGCUGAGUUUGGUUGAGAAUAUGAGAGAUUUUCAAUUGGGCGAAUUAAUGAAGAAUCCUGAUGCGCCACUUUCAGAUCAAGUUCGGGUUAUCAAAGACCAAGAUAUUGAGCAGUUGAAGAACGUUGAAACAAACGAAGAGAGAAAUGAUUUUUAUAAUCUUUUCAUGCUCUACUACAGUCGCGACAUUCCGCAAAUGAAGGAAAUCUUGAGACGGAAGGAGAUGGAAGCUCGAGAAUCGGAAAAAAUAAGGAAACGUCAACAACAUCUUUUGGAGACUGAAGAAAAUAGUGAAGAUCCACCGCUUGAAGAUGAAGAUGCUGAAGAGUCAGAAAAAAAUGACCAUACUCUUAAGCAGGCUGUCAGAAGUGGACCUUACACACUUUAUGUAUGUGCCGGGCUCAGCAGUUUUGCGAAAAAAUUCGGUCUCACUCCUGAACAGUUUGCUGAAAAUUUACAGGAUAAUUAUCAGCGUCAUGAAAUCGUUCAAGAUCCAGUUCAUCCUGAUGAAGUGGCGCGAGAGUUCCUUGGGGAAAGUUUUCAGUCCACAGAACAAGUUUUGCAAGCUGUUCAACACAUGGUGGCCAUCCAACUGGCACGUGAACCAAUUGUACGAAAAUGUGCUCGUGAAAUGUACAUGGAUCGUGCUAAGCUAUCAGUACGCCCGACUAAAAAAGGUAUCAAGGAAAUAGAUGAAAGUCAUCCGAUCCAUACCAUGAAGUACUUGAAGGACAAGCCAGUCCGUGAACUUGUCGAUCAAAUGUGGCUCAAGUUAUCGACUGCUGAGGCUGACGGUUUGAUAACGAUCUCAUUUAGCGAAACCGUUGAAAGCAUAAUCGGCUCAGACUUCAUCAGUGAUUCCAAGCAAUUGUACAUCAAAGAUGAAUUCAACAGAAAUGCCCAAGAUUGGAAUAAUUUACGUAGUGGUAGUGUAGAAAUGGCUUUUAAAAAAUAUAUUAUUCCAGACUUGAAGAAUGAAUUGAGAGCUAAUAUCACCGCUGAAGCAAAGGAAUCCAUCACGUACUUAUGCUGUCGCAGGUUGUUCAACUGGAUAAAGUUUGCUCCAUACACUUGCGAAUUUUAUGGCCUAGAUGAUGAAGCUUGGAACACCGGAGAAGGCAUCAGGUCGAUGGGAAUUGCUUAUGUUCCAGACAUCAAUAAAGCUGCGUUUGCUUCAAUCGUCGCUCCGAAUGGUGAGUGCGUUGACUUUUUAAAACUGCCUCAUUUGUUAAAACGUAAGAAUAGUUUUAACAAAAAAGAAAGACUUCUCAAAGAAGCUGAUUUAAUUUCUCUGAGAAAUUUCAUUAGCAAAAAUAAGCCACAUAUUGUAGUAAUUGGUGGUGAAUCCAGAGAUGCUCAAACAAUUUACAAUGACAUCAGGGAAUGUUUGAAAACGCUGUCUAAAGAAGAUCAGUAUCCUGCCAUACGAAUUGAAAUAUGUGACAGUAAUGUAGCGAAGAUAUUUUCUACCAGCAAUACAGGAGUAGCUGAAUUUCCCGAGUUUCCUCCACUACUGAGAGAAUCGAUUUCACUUGCGCGACGCCUACAAAAUCCUCUAGGGGAAUUUUCGCAGCUUUGUAAUCCAGAUGAAGACUUGCUGUGCUUGAAAUUCCAUCCUCUUCAAGAUUUACUCUCAAAAGAAGAGCUUUUGGUGGACCUGUAUGCAGAAUUUAUCAACAGAGUCAACGAAAUUGGUGUCGACUUGAGCAGCAAUAACAUCUACAAUAAAAAUUUAUUGCAAUUCGUAUGUGGAUUAGGCCCCAGAAAAAGUAAAGAACUAUUAAAAAUACUAAAAUGCAAAAAAAUUAAAUUAGAAAAUCGUACUCAAUUGGUGACUAUGUGUCAUAUGGGACCAAAAGUUUUUAUAAAUUGCGGUGGAUUUAUAAAAAUAGACACGGCUACUCUCGACGACAACUCAGAUGUCUACAUUGAGGUGUUGGACAGCACGAGAAUUCAUCCAGAAUCGUACGAGUGGGCGCGUAAAAUGGCCGUCGAUGCUCUAGACUACGAGAACCAAAAUUCAGAUCUAGGUACAGCAAUCGAAGAGACAAUAAAAACUCCCGAAAAACUUCAGGACCUAGAUCUCGAAGCUUUUGCCGCCGAGUUAGAGAGACAAGGUUUUGGAAAUAAAAUCAUGACUCUCUAUGACGUCACAGCUGAAUUAACUGACCGUUACAAAGAUCCACGAGUGCCGUAUGUAUCUCCAUCUCCUAAAGAAAUCUUUACUCUAUUAACCAAAGAGACGCAAGAAACUUUUUACGUCGGUAAACUAGUCCAGGCAACAGUGAUUGGGUUCAAUUUCAAAAAACCCGAAGGCAAACAACUGGAUCAUGCAAAACCCGUUAAAAAUAACGAUACCGGACUCUGGCAGUGUCCAUUCUGUUCCAAAGAUGACUUUUCUCAACUCGCUGAAGUAUGGAAUCAUUUUGACACGGGAAAUUGUCCAGGAAAAGCUGUCGGCGUUAGACUCCGUUUGGACAAUGGACUGCCUGGAUAUAUUCAUACUAAAAAUAUAUCUGAUCGUCAUGUCGCGAAUCCUCAGGACCGGGUGCAUAUCCAACAAGUGAUAACUUGUCGUGUUACUAAAGUUGAUGUUGAUAGAUUCGAUAGCGAAUGUUCCAGCAAAAGCAGCGAUCUUUCUGACGUCAAUAAUAUCUGGCGACCUGCUAAGGACUCGUACUACGAUACAGAGGCUGAAGAGGAAGAUAGAAGAGCAGAAAAAGAGAGCAGGAGCUCAAGUAAACAACCCACUUAUACUAGACGUCUUAUUGACCAUUCGUCAUUUCACAACAUAAGUUUCGCUGAAGCUGAGAAACUCAUGAAGACCAUGAACCAAGGGGAAGCUAUUACCAGACCCAGCAGCAAAGGAGCCGAUCAUUUAACACUCACUUGGAAAGUGACCGAUGACGUUUAUCAACACAUUGACAUAAUUGAAACAGAUAAACCAGAUUCUGUUUCAUUGGGACGAAGUUUGUCGAUCGGCACUGAACAAUAUGAAGACCUGGAUGAAAUCAUUGCGAGACUUAUCAACAUGAUGGCUGGUAACGUCGCAGACAUACUUAAAUUUAAGUAUUAUCGCCGUGAGGUUCUUGGGUUCAAAGACAAAGCUGAGGAAAUAUUGAAGGAACAGAAGAUAAUCAAUCCUCGCAAUAUUCCUUACCUUAUUUCGCCGUCUAAAAAUUAUCCUGGUAAAUUUUUACUGUCUUAUGUGCCUGAAUCUAGAUGUUACCAUGAGUAUGUUAGUGUUACCUCAGAGGGAUUCAAAUUUCGCGAAGAAAAGUUUAAUAAUUUUACGUCCUUGAUAUGUUGGUUCAAAAACCAUUUCAGGGACCUUAAUGUUGUAUCUCAUAGGUCUUUUAGAACAACAACUUAUAAUCAUACUGCAGAGGUCAAUUGUUUGGCUGCUUGAUUUUUGUUUUUAUUUAUUUAUUUUACAAACUUGUAUAUAUUUAUUUUCAUAGUUUUUAUCACCUCUGUACAAAUUAAAUAAUUUUUAUAUUUCAAUAAACAACAAUUA